UCCGGAGGACGCAUGCGCACUAAGCCCUCUCUGUGAUUUUUUUUUUCCUGGCGCGCGGGAGCCUCAUCCGGGUCCUUCGCCUGCUAAGGACCUCAGAGCGCGCCGCGGGGAAAACGAAGCGGCUGAAGUGGCGGUGGUGGUGUUUGGGUCGCCCGAUUUCCGACCUCUAGGAAGAGAAUAUAGUGGAUUGUUCUUACACCAUGUCGGAGAUUGAGGAGAAUCUCCAGGCAGCUUUCAAAAAGCUAAGGGUUGACUCAGAAGGAUCCACUAUUUCUCUUCCUGUGAAUGAGGGAACAUCUUCAAGAGCAUUUUUAAGAACCUCGGAUGAAGAUGAAGUGAAAUCUGCCUGUACGUCAAAAGAAAGCUGGCAUUGGUGUUUGAGGAAACCCGUGAAAGGAGCAGUGAGAACACAGCGUCGUCGGAGUUCAAAGUCUCCAGUACUCCACCCUCCCAAGUUCAUCCACCACACUAUUAAAUUGCCAACACAUCACCAACCCCUGCCCGAGAAUGCAGUGGACACUUCUGAUCACCGCUGUGACCUGAGUGAGCCAAGCUCAGAUGAAUUAUGCAAGAACAAACAGGCCAGUUAUACUCUCAGCAAUGCUGAGAAGCUGCAAACAGCAGCCAAACAUUCUGGGGUUUCUAUGGCUACAGUGCAGCAGAACACACCUGAAAGCAGCCCAACAACCAUUCUAAAAGCUACAGAUCCUUCUGAUUUCCAGUCUGUGUCUGAGCAAAAUAAAGGGAGUCUGUGUGCAUGUGUAGACAAGACCUGUCAGUGCACACAGUGGCAAGACAUGAGAGUGUAUAUGUUUUCUGAUCUGCAAAAUGCCCUUCAAUCUGUUCCUGAAAAAGCAACACAUGUGCAGGACAAUUCCCAGCCUUUGCCAUCAAGAACUCCCUCCUGCUCUCUGAGAUCUUGCUCUGAGCAAGCCAGGGCUCAUGUGGAAGAUGUGACUAUUGAAGACCUUUCGGGGUAUAUGGAAUAUUUCCUGCAUAUCCCUAAGGAAAUGUCCCACAUGGCAGAAAUGAUGUACACCUGACAGCUGUGGGAUCUGAUGAGCAAAGGGUGGUCACGCUCCAGUGAAGAAGCCAUGGCUCUGUGCUUGUAAUAAAGACAGUUUGCACUGCACUAGUCUUUCUGUUUUUCAUGCCCCACAAUUUAACAUCAAAGGAAAUAUUAAAGGUCUUCCAAAAGCUGAAGAUGGCAAGACCAUGAUCAAUAUCUUCGCAAAUGAGUCUAGUGAUUGAGUUGUAUUAAUUUGUAAAAGAAGCUGAGGAUUGCAAGUUGAGGAACUACUCAGUUGGUCCACACUGUAAGCAAAGCCCUCUGUGCGCUUGGAGCCAAAUAAAGCUUUUUUCCAAAAGUUAUGAUACCUUAGAAUAUGUAUACAGGACCCACAGGCUGGGCAGCAUGUAGCCUUUAGGAUGUUAGUGGAUUCAAGUCUUUUCAGCACUGGCAGACGUAGAGAUUAUAAGAAUUAACAUUCUCAAUAUCUGGAGUGUCAUGUUUUAAACUACAGAAAUGCACAAUUACCGAGAAUACAGUUUUUGUUCUGUAUCUGUCCCAAGUAUUUUGAUCAUCAGCAAUUUAAUUUCAUUCUUCAGUAUUAGCUGCCAACUAACAUUUUGCAGGAUAUACUUUCUCUAGUAAUGUAAGCAAAUAGUAUAUUUUCCUAGUUAUCAGCAUUUUAAAUAUAGUGUGAAAAUAAUUGUUGAGACACCAUGUUUUAACAAGAGAAUGAAUCCCAAAGAAUUGAAUCAAAAUGUUAUUUCUGAUGAAAUGUUAACAGUCAAAUCACUUUCUGAGUCCACUAGAGGGCAACCUUGCUCCACAGUUGUGAUGAAUUCCUCCAGUGCGGAAAUCUGUGGAAUCUACUCUCUAAAUUGUGUUAUUUUAUUCUGAUUUCCCAGUCAGCACUGCUUAGAAGUGGGUGCGGGCCAGGUUCAAUUUGUGUUUGGAAAUCUGCAUACUUAAAAGACUUUUAAAAAUGUAUCCACUAAAAGCACACAUUUGAAAAGUGCAAAUAGAAAAAUUCACAGAUGCUUUGGUAAAUGGGUGCCUGUGUGCAAUAACUUAUAUAAUGUAUGCCAAAGAAGGAUGAAAGUGUGUCCACGCAAAAUGUCCACCUAACACUAGAGACCACACUUAAGAUGCAAGGAAAGAAAGAAACCUCACAACUUCUGAGGAUGCCUGCCAUAGAUGGGGCGAAAUGUCAGGAGAUAAUGCUUCUGGAACAUGGUCAUACAGCCCGAAAAACAUACAACACACAACAACCCAACUUUCUUGUGAGUUGUGCAGAUUCUUAAAUUUGGCCAGUACUAUUUACAUUUGCUCAUAAAUAUUUUCAAUUUUGUUUGAUAGAGGAAUCCCCUGAAAUUAAUUUUCAAGCUGUUGGCAACAGAAAUUUUUCUUUUGUUCAUAGCCAAAAAACUGUUGAAACUGUUUACAUUUAAAAGAGAGGUGUUAAUGCACUAUUGUGAUGACUGUUUUAAAAGAAAUAAUAAGAAUGAUUUGUGUAGAAAUUGAAAUUUCAAAACGUUAUGUUUGCAUGAUAUAGAAUCAGAAUCAUAGAGUUGGAAGAGACCUCAUGGGCCAUCCAGCCCAGCCCCCUACCAAGAAGCAGGAAUAUUGCAUUCAAAGCACCCCUGACAGAUGGCCAUCUAGCCUCUGUUUAAAAACCUAUGUUACACUUGUUGAAAUUCCAGCUUCCCUUUUCUACAUGACUACUAAAGCUAGAAGCCCCAUCUUCUUUA